AUGGCCGAUAUGAACCAAGAAACCAUCCAGCAGAAGAUCCAGCUCGCCCGACGCGACGCUGAGGCGCUCAAGGAUAGGAUAAAGCGCAAGAAGGAUGAGCUGGCUGACACCACCCUUCGCGAUGUCGCCAGAGACCGCGUCGAGGCUCUGCCGCGCCUCACCAUGAAGACGAAGCGCACCCUCAAGGGCCAUCUUGCCAAGAUCUACGCCAUGCACUGGUCGACCGACCGCAGACAUCUCGUUUCCGCUUCGCAGGACGGAAAGCUCAUCAUCUGGGACGCUUACACGACGAACAAGGUCCACGCCAUUCCCCUGCGCUCAUCCUGGGUCAUGACGUGCGCCUACUCGCCGUCCGGCAACUACGUGGCCUGCGGUGGUCUCGACAACAUUUGCUCCAUCUACAACCUGUCGGCUCGGGAAGGCCCAACACGUGUGGCGCGCGAGCUGUCUGGUCACUCGGGCUACCUCAGUUGCUGCAGAUUCAUCUCCGACAAGCGCAUCCUCACAUCGUCGGGUGACAUGACCUGUGUGCUAUGGGAUCUCGAGACCGGCUCCAAGGUACACGAAUUCGCCGACCAUCUCGGCGACGUAAUGAGCUUGAGCAUCAACCCGCUCGACCACAACCAAUUCGUCUCUGGUGCUUGCGACGCUUUCGCCAAGCUGUGGGACAUCAGACAGCAGAAGUGCGUGCAGACCUUUGCCGCGCACGACUCCGACAUCAAUGCUAUCCAAUUCUUCCCCAACGGUAACGCCUUCGGUACCGGUUCCGACGAUGCCUCUUGCCGUCUGUUCGACAUCCGCGCCGACCGCGAGCUUGCGUCAUACCAGAUUCCCGAGCCAGUGUGUGGUAUUACAUCUGUGGCCUUUUCCGUUUCCGGACGACUGCUAUUCGCAGGUUACGACGACUUUGAGUGCAAGGUCUGGGACGUACUUCGCGGCGAACGCGUAGGCACAUUGCAAGGACACGACAACCGCGUCAGCUGUCUCGGCGUCAGCAACGACGCGCUUAGUCUGUGCACUGGUUCAUGGGACUCGAUGGUACGU